CACCGGGAGAUCCGGGGGACGGAGCCAGUUCCCAGCUCCCCCUUCCUCAUUCCUGCUCAGGGGCGGCUUCCACGGCCACUGCCCCAGGACGUCCCGGGAGGGGACGGGCCACCUCUCUGUCUCCUGGUGACCCUGCUGUCCCCCUGCACAGGGACCCCCUGGUUGUGCCCCCUCAGCGGGGUCCGGACAGAUGCCCUUGAUGCCCCAGGCCCCCCCUGUAUGGAAUGUGCAGCACCGGUGCCAAGUGGUGCCCGGGGGGGCUGAGCCCCCACUUCCCCGGGGGGAAAAAUUGGCUUUUCAUGGGAUUUUCUGUGGGGAAAAUCACUGAGGGCCAGGGAAGAGCCGGGGCAGGUGGGCACAGCCUGGGUGAGGGCACGGUCCCCCACCUCCGGCAUCCCAGGGGCUGCAGCUGGAGGCGGGGGGGACCCCCAGCACGCAGGUGAUGGGAUUUUUUGGGGGUCCCAUGUCCCCACGGAUGUCCCCUGGCCAUAUCCCCGGAGUGGUGUCCCUGUCCCGUGCAGCGCAGAGCAGCCCGGGAGGAGAUUUUCUCACUGCCCACCCAAGGGUGGGAGCGGCUGGACCCCCACCCCCUGCCCACCCCCGCCCGGGGGGAGACUGAGGCACAAGGGACAUGGAGACAGCUGUCCCUGUCCCAUCCCAACCCGCCACCGCAGCCGGGGGUCCCCCACGGCAGGGAAGGGGUUAAGGACCCCCCACGGGUUGGCUGAACCCCCUGAGGGGCUCCCCAAGGGCUCAUUACCGCGGCCUCAGCCCCCCUGCCCGGGGAGGGGGGGAUGAAUAAUUCAGCGCCUGGUAGGAAGACGUGUCCUCCCUCCCUCUCCUUCCUCCUCCUCCUCCUCCUCCUCACCGGCUCUGCCUUCCCCACCUCCCGCCACUCUCAUUCCUCGCCGUACCGAGCCCCGGGCGCCACCGAACUCCGCUCGGUACCGGCGGCAGAGACCCCCCGGCUCCGGUGACUCCCGGCCAAGGCCAUGGACCCCAAGGAGCGCAAGAAGAUCCAGUUCUCCGUGCCGGCCCCCCCCAGCCAGCUGGACCCCCGCGCCGUCGAGAUGAUCCGCCGGAGGAGGCCCACGCCGGCCAUGCUCUUCCAGCUCUCCGAACACUCCUCCCCAGAGGACGAGAACCUGCCCUACCAGCGCUCCUCGGGCGAGGGCUGCCUGCUCAAACCAAAGAGGACCAACCCGUGUGCCUACACCCCACCCUCGCUCAAAGCCGUGCAGCGCAUCGUGCAGUCCCACCUGGAGGAGAGCGGCCUGGGAGGGGGGGACAGCUCCGACGGGGAGCCCGAUGACGGGGAGCACGGCUGCGACCCCGACAGCGGCCUCGAGUCUGCCCCGGGGAGCCAGGGCAGAGAGAGGAGCUACUUCCCCGCGGGGCUCAAGGCGCACAAGCGGAAAGGCGGGCAGAAGGUUUCCUUCGCCGGCGGCAUCGACGAGCGCGAGGAGGACCUGAAGGCGCUGACGGUGUCCGAGAUCCCCGAGGACCCCGAGGGCGACGAGGGUGAUGAGGAGGAGCCGGGGCAGGAGCAGGACGGUGGCACUGGGGAGCGGCGACACGUGGGCUUCUCCGAGGUGCCCCCGCGCCCCAUCGGCACCGAGCGCCACUCGCCCACCUUCCCGCUGGGCACCAGUUAGCCGGCGCCGGGACACUGGGACCCGGCCCCCCCCGCCAGCAAACACCCCCCAAAUCCGGCCUCAGCAGCUUCGCCUGUGCCCCCCCGGCCGCCCCCCUGCCCGCUGCCUGCGCUUCGUCUGCCGUGUGCCGCGCCGUGCCGUGCCAUGCCGGGACAAACUGGGCCGUACUGGGCCAAACUGGGCCAUGCCGGGCCAUGCCAGGCCCCUCCCCACCCCCUCCCCACGGGCCUCGUGCCACCCCCAACCCCGGCUGCCAGGGCAGGGGCUGGGGAGGGACCCCCCGGGUGCUGGAGGGGUCUGGGCCCCCCCAGCCCCCCCGGGUUGUGCCCCCCCGGGUCCCCCCUCGAGCA